AGAUGAUAUAGGUAACAACUCGCCAAAAAAAAAAAGUACAAACAAGUAAAAUACCAGUGCCUUGUCAAAAAUCAAACAAGCAAAAUUGUCACUUUUAUUUUACUCUUUUUUUCUUUCAACUCGUAUCAUUUCCCAGUUUUCCAUACCCAACUUGAAAUCAUGGCCCGUUAUCUGGCACCCACGAAACAGAUCCCAGUGUACAAAUUCGGCCCGAGGUUCUUCAGUAACAAACAGUUGGAGCAAUUAGAAAUGGGUCAGCAUUUGGGAGUCGAGGAAAAGGAGGAGAACUCCGAGAUUCCGGCUAUAAGGUACAACGUUUGCAGGGAUAGAAGCGGAUCGAGCACAAAAAAAUACAAUUUUCCGAAAACAUCGCAAUCUACCGAUCAAUCAUCCAAAUUGGAAAAUUUUGAUCACUCCAUCGAGAAUCGUGUCCCGACAGAGCACAAUAAAGACCAAAAAAUCGAAUUGCCACCGCCGUCGGCUGGUUACAGGCAAUUCGAAGCUUCGUCUACUUACAAAAAUUUGGUGCUGCCUUUGAAAGUUUCAAAAUUGUCGAAUCCUUUUCCUUCUCCCGUGAAAAUGAUGCGAUCUCACACGGUUUCUGAUCAAGAGAAGGCUGACCAAAUGCAGUCGGAACGAAGAGUUCCAAGAUCCAUAGCCAGAAAAAAGGCGACAUAAUUUUAAAUUUGAUUUGGUGAAAAUUUUCGGCAUUUAUUUUUGUUUUUAAAUUCUUAAUAAAUUGUUUUAUUUUUAAUGUUUUCUUGCAUCAUUUUGAGUUAUUUUUUAGGUUUCAAAUGCUUUUUUAAGACAACCUAUGCUAGAAGUAAAUAUCACCCAGAUAACACAAAAGUAUGGGAGAAGUGCUUUAACUGUAAUGCAUUUUCACAUUAGAAUGCCCGAGAAGUAAUAGCAAAAACCACUCCGCCGCUUUCGAAAUUACCACCCGGCCGUCAUAAAAUUGGCACUACUUUAAAAGCAUAAGCCCUGGCGUGAAGAAAGGAAGUGCUUAAAUAGUACUGUAAAAAUGCCUCAUAAUAGUGCUUCAACGGUGCCUGAAAAACAGUGGUGAUGCACUUCAUAAUUAAAGUUGUUUCACACAGCCAAGAAGCACUUUUAAGGUGCUGCAUAAAUGUGCAUUUGAA